GAUAUGGUAUCAGAGCAAGUAGCUCGUGUUUUGUUUCUCUGAUUCUAAAAAUUUUCUCACCACUUUCUUGGCUCUUUCUCAGUAGCCAAACAGUCAAUAACUCUCUCAUUUCUUGAUAUUUUUCACUGAUUUUCAGUUCUUUAGUUUGCUGCAACAAUGGCGAACACUAGCAGAUCAGAAGAUUUGCCUUCAAGUCCCUAUUACAUGCAUCCUAAUGAGAAUCCAUCUCUGGUUCUCACUACCUGUCACUUAACUGGAAAUAACUUCCAUUCAUGGUCAAGAUCAAUGCGCAUGGCGUUGAUUUCUAAAAACAAAAUCAAAUUUGUAGAUGGUACGAUCCCGGUACCAAAGAAAGAUGAUACUGGCUUCAGUGUUUGGGAACGAUGCAAUACACUUGUGAUGUCAUGGCUGAUGAGGACUCUGUCUCCUACAAUAGCUCAGAGUGUGAUCUGGAUUGACAACGCAAGAGAUAUCUGGGAUGAUCUUCAUGAACGGUUUACUCAAGGAGAUGCAAUACGUAUUUCUGAUUUACAGAAUGAAAUAUACUCAUUGAAACAAGGUACUUCUUCUAUCAAUGAUUAUUUCACUCAUUUGAGAACAAUUUGGGAUGAAUUGAGCAAUUUAAGGCCAAUACCUUCUUGUCACUGUCAGUCAAUGUGUGAAUGUGGAUUGAUUGAAACAAUCAGAAAAUAUCAUGAACAAGAUCUAGUGAUUAGAUUUUUAAAAGGUUUGAAUGAAAAUUUUGCUGUGAUCAAGUCUCAAAUUCUGUUAAUGGAACCUUUACCUACAAUCAACCGUGCUUUUGCUCUUGUUGUACAACAAGAACGUGAAACUGCAACUGGUAGCAGUUAUGUUCAACCUCAGGUGAUUGAAUCUAAUGUACUCUAUGCUGGUAGAGGAAAUUUCAAUCAGCCAAACAACAGUAAACCUAAUAACCAAGGAUUUAAUCAGAAUACUCAGUAUGCUCCUAGAAGAUACAAUAAUAGCAGUAAUAAGAAACCAACUUGUACAUAUUGUGGUGGAUAUGGUCAUCCUGUGGAGAAAUGCUUUAAGAAGCAUGGCUACCCCCCUGGUUACAAAAUACCAAACAGAAAUUUCAAUGGAGCUGUAAAUCAGAUGGACAGCAACUAUUCUCAACAAGAGACUGGAAACAGUACAAAUGAGUCUUACAUUCAUGCUGAAGAGAAUGAGUCACCAAUGGUCCUCACAAAAGACCAAUACAAUCAAUUGAUAUCCUUGAUACAAAGUUCUGCUCAGCAACCUCAAGGAAUCUGCAACAAUACUGCUAUGCCUGGACAGCAGUCUCAUGGACAGCAGUCUCAUGGAUUUUAUAACAAUUCUCAUGCUAUUGACAACUCUCCUCAAGUCAAUACACUCUCUGCAAGGUUUAAUAACACUGAGGAUUCAGGACAUUAUCAGAUGGAGGAGGAUUGGUAUAGCUGAGCUUUGCAAUGGUUUAUAUCAGUUAGUUCAACCUGUUGUUGAGUCUGUUUUUAAUUCAAAUAAUAUUUCUGCACAAUGUGUGUC